AUGGCGUCCUCCGCGUCCUCCUCCACCGAACGCAUCCGCCCCGUGGCCCCGCAGGAGGGCUCCCCCGCCCAGGCAAUCUACACGUCGGGCAUCAUCGACGAGGGCUCGUGCCUGCUGCGGGACUACAGCCUGCCGACGAUCCCGGAGAAGGAGGAUGGCGGGGUGGUGUUUCUGCGGUACUCGCUGGGCCGGUGGCACACGGUGCGCAUCGAGCGCGGGGACAUGAACGACGACGACGACGACGAGGUUGUGGUGGACGAGGACGAGGACACGUUCCGCAUCGUGCCCCUAAAAGAUCUGUAUAUCGCCGACACGAUGGUCAUUAGGAGCGCCAAUUUCCCGCCGGGGGAAGCGGACGGGAUCAGAGUUGUAAAGUUUACAGAGUGCUCCGUCAAGAUUGUCCAGGACUUCCUCAAAGCCAUCUCCGAGUUCAUGCGCAUCCCCGACAGCACGCUGAUCCCCGCCCCCGGCUCCCAAGACCCGCAGCCCCUCCUCGACUCGCCCAACCUCACCAAAUACGAAAGCUACGUCCCUGGCAAAGACUUUGUCACAGGUGUUUCCCUGCGCGCCUCUUUCCGGCCGCGUAAAUACCUGACGCUCUUCGCCGCCUUCCCAUACCUCGGCCUCGGCACCGCCAAUGGCACCGGCAGCUUGAGUCUGCGGCAGUACCGGUAUCUGGGGACCGCCUCACCCGAUGUGGAUGUGGGCGACUCGCGGAAGCGCAUUCUGGUGAACCAGGGGUGGUUCUUCAUUUUUGACAACAGCAACAUUGCAAUGUUCACCUCCGCCGACGAGGACUCUGCGCCGCUGUUCCCGUACCAGCGCCGUCUCGGUGGCUUCCACCUGCUCGUGCACAUGAUCGCCAACAUUCUCACCUCCUACGAAACCUCGCCGCUGCGCGAGUUCCGCAAGAAGGUCGCGCGACAAGAACUGCAUAUCCAAAGCCAACUCGCAAAAGACAUCCUCACCCCCGAAAAAAGCAUCAAAUCCACGCACACCACCGCCGAGCUCGAGGCCGAACAACGCAUCACCGAGGACCUGAUCGAGGCGUUCGAAGAAUCGCUCGCCGACAUUGCCAUCAUGAAGGAUGUCGUCCAGUCACAGAUCCAGAUCCUCGAGGACCUGCGUGAGAUCUUCCAGAACUCGUUUAAAUUCGAAAAGGGCGUUGGCCGGCCUCGGAACCACAGGAACGCCGUCAAGAUCCCAUAUAUUAUGGAUGGCAAGGAGCAGAUGCGCAAGGCGGUGGUGACGGUGGAUGCGGUGAUACGCGAGAGGAAGGAGUUUAAGGAGGAGCUGAGUGUGUGGUUGAAGGAUUUGAGGAAGUCGAAGAUCUUGACUUCACAUGAUAGCCAAACAGUCACAGCAAAAGAGGCAUUGAAACAGGGCGAAAUGAUGCAAAAAGCAAUCACACAGCAAGGCCAGACCAUCUCCGUCUUUACCCUCAUCACCACCAUCUUUGUUCCCCUCGGUUUCUUCACCAGCUACUUCGGCAUGAGUCUCUCCGACUGGAAAUCCUCCAUCACCACUCCCGCCGACUUCUGGGCCAUCGCUGGGCCCGUCACAUUCCUCAUCAUGCUGCUCAUGUCCUACUUCCUUUACGGCCCCGACGACUGGAUCAAAGAUGGUCUCGCGAGCAGCUUUCGCUGGACAACCCGUGUCUGGCGUCUCUGGCGACAGCCAAAGGGGCCCAAGGCAAAGACGCCGAGAACGCUGGAGUCUGCGCCGGGCCCGAGUCCGGGGUGGAAUAGGCUGUCGUCGAAUCGCUUCUCGUCAAUGAGUGGGAUGGGGCUGGAGAAAGCUGCGGGGCCAGAGGAGUCGUGA